GUCAUACAAAAUUAUGAAUAUCUUAUGUCAUGUGAGCUGACUGCCUUCAUUUUUUUUUUUUUUUUUAGGAAAAAAAAAACAUGUACAGUAAAAUAACUUGACAUUUGACAUGGGUGUAGUCUGGGUCAUCCUGACUGGAAGUUGCAGGUAACCUGUGAAGGAAACCUUUUCUAAACAGGUCAAUGGUGAUUAAUUUAUAUUUUAACUUCGGAGCUCCCUUUUUUAAAUACAAAACAGUAGAGAAGAAAAAAUAUAUAGUUUUAUUGUCAAUGGACUUCAUAUAGCCUGAUGUGCAAUAUAAUGUCGUCUUUACUUGGUAUAUCAAAUGUGAGAAAUUGUUGCAGAAAUACAGAUCGUCCCUUCGUCCUUUUUGACCGUUCCAAGCUCCCGUACCGUAACACCACAAAUAGACGAGCAUCAAAAUCCAAGAGGCUGAUUGACCGCUCUUGAGUGCGGCGAACAUUUCGAUAGUAGACGUAGACUAAGCCAAAGGAUCGAACACACCUAAACACUACUUCCUGAAACCUACAGCUGUUCGUAUAGUCCUGAAAACACAUGUACAGUAGAUGGUGGUCGGCACGCCCCCAGUGUACUGACGCAAACAGUGUACUGCUUUGUAUGGGGGCAACUAAAAGAAUGCCCUACCUAAAAGCAAUAUUAGUUUAAGUGUUAGCUAUAUAAAAAAAAUAUUUUCACUGCUUUACCUUGCCGUCUGACACCCCUUUCAUUUGGCACUAUAUUUUCUCAACCGUAGAACUACCGUAGUCCUACGCAUGAGCGCAACUGUGCCACGCACUGUAUUACGCCGCAGCCCAACUGUCUGGGUCAGGUACUUCAAGAAGUGCAGUUGCGCAAUCAGACCGAAAUCCAAAUUCACUCUUGUAAAUGUCUAAAAAGAUGGUGCGUCCUUGCGUUUUUCCGGGCUGCUCCAACAAAGAAGUGUCCUGGUCACCAUAUCGAUUUCACCGGGUUCCGCUGCAUGAGAUUGGCCUUAAAAAGCAGUGGCUAGUUACACUGAAGAUAGACAGCGUCACUCCGCUGGCAAAAUUGAAACAACUCCGCGUUUGCAGUGAUCAUUUCUCCGAAGAGGAUUAUUUGAGACCACGGCCAAAUAAGCUAGAUAGACACUUGCUGAAACGCACCGCUGUACCCAACCACCAGGCAUGUACUUCACAAAGCACAAUACAAGAGAAACACGAGCAGCAAAUGCUUUCUGGCGUCCCAGAAUCCACUCCGAAGGAGCCGCCAGUAAAGAGCCACCAGGCCUCCAAAUUAGCAUCACAGCUGAAGCUUGAACGGUCUCCCCCCAGAGAACCACCAUCAACCUCUGGAGCUCACCCUGCUAUUGAGUCAGAGCUGCAUGACACCAGGGCAGUAAUUGACAGACCACCAGGCCAGGUCACAAGCACAGGCAUUCAAGUAAAUGUACCCGAGACGUGCACUGCCACCAUGGAGAAACCAACAGUGCAGCACAUUGUUGAUGAGGAGGCCAUCCUGCAGCUGAUGAAGAACUGCCCGAUGUGCGACAGAAAGUGCCGCUGUACCAAACGCACCUGCGACCCUUACUUCAUAGUCUACCAGAGCUGUUACUUCUGCAAUUAUCAACGCAAGUGGGCCAACCAGCAUGAAGCCAGAGAUAUGAACAUCCAAAAGGCAAACACGCCGCCGAAGAAGAAACUUCGGCCAAAGAACAAGGUGUCUGUAAAGGCUGCCAGGACUCAGUCGUCACAGCUUCUUAGUAAGACGAGCACUCCUGAAUCCUCGGUCUCAGAGCCCCACUGCUCAUUAGAGACCUGAAGUGUGUUGACUCUGUCUUAGAUGGGACUGACUUACAUGAAACUGGGCACGAAUAAACCUAGUUUCAGAUGUGCCUUAAGGUGGAGCAUUAUUAUGCAGUUGGAGAUGUUUGACGAGGACGAGAAAUAUUGUAAAGUUUGUCUGUUGAGCUGAAGCUUCAGUCCAAACUAAUAACAUUUUGUCUGCUAAUAAGGAACACAAUCAGAGUAAAGCAGUAAGAGAGGCGAUAAGCAUGGCUUUGCUUGCUGGUAGUGGAAAUACGCAUUGUAUUGUGGAGAAAAAUCCUUUUAAAUACUAAUCAUAUGUGUACAAUAAUAAUAGAAAGGUCCAUGUGGUGUAUUAACAAGUCUUGACCUACUUGAAGGAGCUUUCCUGGGGGCCUCCCGCCGUCUCCGUCCUGCUGUUUGUACGUUACGUUGUGAACUACGCUGGGCCUUUGUUCUCGCUGGGGACAGUCUGGGGGCUUCGGAAACAUCCCUUAGUAUGGCCUCUCUGUACUGGCGCUCCUACAAACACACAGUCACAGACACGCUUAACUGUUAGCAAACUAUGUAUUAUUAUAUCCCCUUUGACAUUUCAUAUAUACAGUGGGUACAGAAAGUAUUUAGACCCCUUUAAAUUUUUCACUCUUUGUUUCAUUGCAGCCA